AUGGCCCAAGACUCGAAAAAAGCACUGCUCUGGACAAGGCAGAUGUUUUACGAGAAAUCCAACAAAGCAGACUCACUCCUAGCCAACAGACUUAAAAAGAAAAGACAACGGAACCGAAUAACCUCGAUUAAUACACCGGACGGCCAAACACAAAACCUCCCCGAACAGAUAGCAGAAACCUUUACUCAAUUUUAUACCUCCCUUUAUGACCAUGACCCCCAAUCUCGACACGACGCACAAGACAGAG